AUUCGGAACCGCCUAUGUUUCCGAUUCACCCCUAAUACUUUUGUGUUUAGAAUGAAAAGUAAAUAAAGAAAAGUAGGAUGUGGAGAGAAAGUAAAUAAUGGAAAAAACAAAACAAAACUACAGUUUUUGUGAAACGUAAACUCAAUUGAUCCAGAUACAAUUCAGACGCGAGUAAAUUAACAUGUUUGUCGUGUCGUAUAAAUAAUAAUUGAAAACGAUAAAUUUUGUGUGCAUUUCGAUAAUAUAAUAACUCCCAAUCAUUCGUGGCGACGACGGGAGAUAGUAUAUUGUGUUCAAUAUAAAAUAAAACCAAAAAAUUUGUGGCUUUCGAUAAAAAAUUAGUUACGGAAAACCUUACCAUAAGGACAUUCAAUAUGUCUUCUUUGUCUUCAUGCAAAGGCAGUCCCAGUCACGAUCGAAUCAGCUUGUUGACCGAUGAUUCGUUACCGCGAGACUACAGUCUUGUGAGCAUUACAUCAGCGGGCAGUCAACAAUCAGAUGAAUACUUUAAAAGUCGAGAUCAUGCCGAGAUUCUUCUACGCAAAAUGCAAAAUUAUCUCGAGAACGAUCAACUGUGUGACGUUACAUUGAUAGCCGGAAUAAAUGGAAAAAGAGUAUCUGCUCAUCGACUAGUGCUCAGCGCAUCUAGUGCAUAUUUCUCUGCCAUGUUUACCGGUUCUUUGCGAGAGGCCCAACAGCAUGAAGUAACUUUGGGAGACGUCCACGGCGAUGCUCUUCAGUCGCUGGUACAGUAUUGCUACACAGGAUCGAUUGAACUUCGGGAAGAUACAGUCGAGACACUAUUGGCUACAGCUUGCUUGUUGCAAUUAACGGCUGUAGUGACAGCUUGCUGUAGUUUUCUUGCUAAGCAACUUCAUCCGUCGAACUGCCUUGGUUUUGCCUUAUUUGCCGAACAGCAGAGCUGCAACACUUUACUCAAAUUAGCUAGUGCCUACACAAAUCACCACUUUAUGCAGGUGUGUAAGAAUCAAGAAUUUUUCCAACUCAGCUCCGAACAACUCGCCAAUCUGUUGAAAAGCGACGAUCUGAAUGUAACGAGCGAAGAGGAAGUGUUCUACUCCUUGAUGGAAUGGGUUCAACAUGAUGCGGCCAAUCGGGAGAAAGAUGUGUCCGAUUUAUUGUCACUAAUUAGAUUACCAUUGCUAGCACCGGUCUUUAUCGCAGACCAUGUGGAAACAUUGUGCGGUUCGACAGAAUGUCAGCAAUUGGUGAUGGAGGCUUUGAAGUGGCAUUUAUUGCCCGAACGUAGAUCUCAAAUGACAACCACUCAUCGAACGAGGCCGAGAAAGUCGACAAUGGGUCGAUUAUUGGCUGUAGGCGGUAUGGAUGCACACAAAGGAGCAAUUAGCAUUGAAAGUUACUGUCCGCGGCUGGAUAAAUGGACCUUGCUGAAAAACAUGACUGGUCGUCGUUUACAAUUUGGUGUUGCAGUCAUGGAGGAUAAACUAAUUAUUGUCGGUGGUCGAGAUGGACUGAAAACAAUGAAUUCGGUUGACAGUCUAGAUUUGAACACAAUGCUGUGGAGCAGUUUGGGUCCAAUGGGAACGCAUCGACAUGGUUUAGGAGUAGCGAUUUUAGAGGGUCCAUUAUAUGCUGUCGGUGGACACGAUGGAUGGAGUUAUUUGAACACAGUGGAAAGAUUCGAUCCAAUUGCAAGAACAUGGAGCUAUGUGGCGUCAAUGUCUUCCAUGAGAUCAACAGCCGGUGUAGCCGUAAUGAACGGUCGAUUGUACGUGGUUGGCGGUCGAGACGGUAGUGUUUGUCAUCGCUCAGUGGAAGCUUACGAUCCGCAUACUAACAAAUGGACACUAAGAGCUCCAAUGAACAAGCGACGCGGUGGCGUUGGUGUCGGUGUGGCUAAUGGCUAUUUGUAUGCGUUAGGUGGACACGAUACACCUGCGAGCAACCCAUCAGUUUGUCGAACGGAAACUGUGGAACGGUACGAUCCUGGUACGGAUGCUUGGACGCUGAUUACAUCGCUGAGCAUUGGCAGAGAUGCUAUAGGCAUUGCAUUGCUCGGAGGUUGUUUGAUAGCGGUCGGUGGUUACGACGGAAAUCAAUAUUUGAAAAAUGUCGAACAAUACGAUCCCGAAACGAACGAAUGGACACAACUGGCACCGUUGAAUUAUAAUCGGGCUGGUGCGUGUGUUGUGUCGGUACCGAAUUUUCUGAGCAACACAACAACGAAAAAAAUGUGGAAACCGGUUCGAGCAAAUCUCAGCUACAGAGGCAAUAUUGAGGUAGUUGAUUGCUACAUAUAAAAAUAUACCCAAAAAAAUAAUCAAAUUUUUUUGGCGACAGAAAUGAAAGAAUUUUUUUGUUUCCUACUGAAGUGAUAAAAAAAGAAAGAAAAUUAUGAGAUUGUGGAGCCAAAAAGGCCAUGUGUGGUAUUUUUUAGAUUUUAAGUUAAAUUUUCUAUUUUAUAAGUUUUUUUUAAUACUUUACUUCGAUCAGUGCAAGUGUGAUAUAUUGAACUUUUAGUGUCGUAGGCUUUAAAUUGGUUCGUUUUGCAAGACUGGCCUAUAUCAACAAGUACAAAAGAAAUUCGAAAUUUAUUUCGCUUUAGUUUCAUAGAUGCAAUAUCGGAACAAAUCUCAAAAGAAACAAAACAAUCAGAUCACAAACAUUAAAAAGCAACAAAAUUACAAAUCUGUAAGCUGUGAAAGUUUCUACACUGACCAUAACGGAAAAAUGUUUUCUCUAAUUUAUCUUUGAAAAUCCUGCCCAGAAAUAGCUCCCUUUACAAUGUAAACUCUUUUCACAGAUCGUACACAAUUUUUAGGCUCUCUAUUUCGACUAUUUUUUAUCGAAACAAUGAGCUGCAGUGGGUGUCUAAGGUUAGGACGUUGUACUAGAAGGUCAGCUUCAAGAAAAGCUUCACAAAA